AUGUAUGAAGGGAAGAAGACGAAAAACAUGUUUCUGACCCGGGCCCUGGAGAAGAUCCUGGCCGACAAGGAGGUGAAGAAGGCGCAUCACUCCCAGCUGCGCAAAGCCUGCGAAGUGGCCUUAGAGGAAAUAAAGGCUGAAACUGAAAAGCAAAGUCCCCCUCAUGGAGAAGCAAAGUCUGGUUCAAGCACUCUUCCACCUGUGAAAUCAAAGACGAGCUUCAUUGAAGCCGACAAAUACUUCCUACCAUUUGAAUUGGCAUGCCAGUCCAAGUGCCCCAGGAUUGUCAGUACAUCUCUAGAUUGUUUACAGAAACUUAUAGCAUAUGGGCACUUGACAGGGAAUGCUCCAGACAGCACAGCUCCAGGCAAAAAAUUAAUUGAUAGAAUUAUCGAGACAAUAUGUGGCUGUUUUCAAGGCCCUCAAACAGACGAAGGGGUUCAGCUACAGAUAAUAAAGGCUUUGCUCACUGCAGUAACAUCUCAACACAUAGAAAUCCAUGAAGGAACAGUGCUACAAGCUGUACGAACAUGUUACAAUAUCUACCUAGCAAGCAAAAAUCUUAUAAAUCAAACCACAGCCAAGGCCACUCUGACACAAAUGCUGAAUGUCAUUUUUGCACGUAUGGAAAAUCAAGCACUUCAGGAAGCCAAACAGAUGGAAAAGGAAAGACACAGACAGCAACACCAUCUACAGCAGUCUCCACUAAGCCAUCAUGAGCCUGAAUCACCUCAGCUGAGACAUAUUCCAGCACAGGCUGAUCAGCUGUCCAAAGACCACGAGAGAGAACUUGACCACAGCACAAAUGAUAUGGACAAAAACCUUCAAGAAGAUAUUGAGGCAGAAAAUGGAUCUGACAUUUCUAGUGCUGAAAAUGAACAGACAGAAGCUGACCAAGCCACAGCAGCAGAAAAUCUUUCUAAAGCUGAUGGAGGAGCAUAUGAUGGAGAAAGCAAUGAGUGUGAAGAGAAGGCACAAGAAAUUGUAGAAAGUAUUGUGCAGGAAAUGGUGAACAUAGUAGUUGGAGAUGUCGAAGGCACUGCUGAAAGUGCAGGUGGUGAUGGCACAAGUGUAACAUUAGAGGAUGGCAGUGACAGUGAAAACAUUCAGGCAAAUGGAAUUCCAGGGACUCCAAUUUCUGUUGCUUAUACACCAUCUUUACCUGAUGACAGAUUAUCUGUCUCUUCCAAUGAUACUCAGGAAUCUGGAAAUUCUUCAGGACCUACCCCUGGUGCUAAGUUUUCCCACAUUUUACAAAAGGAUGCCUUCCUUGUAUUCAGGUCACUGUGUAAGCUCUCCAUGAAGCCCCUGUCAGAUGGACCACCAGAUCCAAAAUCUCAUGAACUGCGAUCAAAGAUUCUUUCAUUGCAGUUGCUUCUGUCCAUUCUGCAAAAUGCAGGACCAGUCUUCAGGACGAAUGAGAUGUUUAUUAAUGCUAUAAAGCAGUACCUUUGUGUUGCACUGUCAAAAAAUGGAGUCUCAUCAGUCCCAGAAGUUUUUGAACUUUCACUUUCCAUAUUUCUUACCCUCCUCUCAAACUUUAAGACUCAUCUAAAGAUGCAGAUCGAGGUUUUCUUCAAAGAAAUUUUCCUGUAUAUCUUGGAAACUUCUACUAGUUCAUUUGAUCAUAAGUGGAUGGUUAUACAAACGCUGACAAGGAUAUGUGCAGAUGCCCAGAGUGUAGUGGACAUCUACGUGAACUAUGAUUGUGAUUUAAAUGCAGCAAAUAUAUUUGAAAGGCUGGUUAAUGACUUAUCAAAGAUUGCUCAAGGAAGGGGUAGCCAAGAACUUGGCAUGUCCAACGUUCAGGAAUUAAGUUUGAGAAAAAAAGGAUUGGAAUGCUUAGUAUCAAUCUUGAAGUGCAUGGUCGAGUGGAGUAAGGAUCAAUAUGUAAAUCCCAAUUCUCAGACAACACUUGGCCAAGAAAAACCCACAGAGCAGGACAGCAGUGAAACCAAACACCCUGAGACAAUUAACAGAUAUGGAAGCCUAAAUUCCUUGGAUUCUACUGCUUCAUCAGGAAUUGGCAGUUACAGCACACAGAUGUCUGGCACUGACAACCCAGAGCAGUUUGAGGUCCUAAAGCAACAAAAGGAAAUAAUAGAACAAGGAAUUGACUUGUUCAAUAAGAAGCCAAAGAGAGGGAUUCAGUACCUGCAAGAACAAGGAAUGCUUGGCACUACUCCAGAAGAUAUUGCUCAGUUCUUGCAUCAAGAGGAAAGAUUAGAUUCAACUCAGGUUGGGGAGUUCCUGGGAGACAAUGAUAAAUUUAACAAAGAAGUCAUGUAUGCCUAUGUAGACCAACACGACUUUUCGGGAAAGGAUUUUGUUUCAGCUCUGCGCAUGUUUCUAGAAGGAUUUCGUCUUCCAGGAGAAGCUCAAAAAAUUGAUCGCCUGAUGGAGAAAUUUGCUGCUAGAUAUUUAGAAUGUAACCAAGGGCAAACUCUUUUUGCCAGUGCAGAUACUGCAUAUGUUUUAGCUUACUCAAUUAUCAUGUUGACAACAGAUCUUCACAGUCCACAGGUUAAGAAUAAAAUGACAAAAGAACAAUAUAUUAAAAUGAAUAGAGGUAUCAAUGACAGUAAAGAUCUCCCUGAAGAGUAUUUGUCUGCUAUCUAUAAUGAAAUAGCUGGAAAGAAGAUUUCAAUGAAGGAAACAAAAGAAUUAACAAUACCCACAAAAUCUAGUAAACAAAGUGUUGCUAGUGAAAAGCAGAGAAGACUCCUUUAUAACUUGGAAAUGGAACAAAUGGCUAAAACAGCUAAAGCUCUUAUGGAGGCAGUGAGCCACGUUCAGGCCCCUUUUACUAGUGCAACACACCUGGAGCAUGUGAGACCCAUGUUUAAG